CGCCGUCGACCGCGCCGCCUCCGGCCCCGCUUCCCCGCUCCGCCGGUUCAGAACCAGGCCAGGUGCUUCGUCAGGCAUUCUUCUCGGCGCCACUACUCUGCCUUGUGUCAUGCUUGCGCGGUUAAUCCAGCUUUCGAGGAUCUUACCCGCAGAUCCUACUGGACCAGAAGAAUUUGCAUACCUUGAAAUGCAGUACUGGGCUGUAUCGAUCAGUUGCCUCAGUGUGCUAGCCUUCUUCUUUUGGCAUCUGUGCCAGUCUACCAACAAUGGAGUUUCUAAAACUUUGAAAUGUGGUUCGAUGAUGGUAGCUUUAUACCUCAUGGCAUUCUUGGUCUUCCUGCUGAAGACUGAUGGAGGUCUGUUAAGGAUGGGGAAAAUUGCUUAUCUGCUCGUUCAUGGCGUGGCUGCUGUGAUCUUAAUCAAGCACAUUCUAGAGAAGUUCCCUUCAUGUUCAUCUUUUGGGGAGGCACUUUUGGUAUCAACUGGUCUCGUCCUUUACUUUGGUGAUAUGCUGGCUCAUACUCUUUCAAAGAUUGAAUUCUUGGCAUCGUCAGAAGCAUUCAUUCACACACCUGGAACUCGAAGCGAGAUAGCCACAGUUAUUCAGGGGAUUUUGCUUGGACUGUUUGUACUACCCCUGUUGUACAAAUGUUCCCUCCAAGUUUGGGCUUACUGUCAAACACUGGGGAAGCAAAGAACACAAGCAGUUGAGAAACAGACAGAAAAAAGAAUAGGUUCUGGUGUAUUUUAUGUCUCAUUGUUGGUGGCUUUGCUGAUGUUAGUGCCGUCAUGGACACGCCUUGUUGGUCUCGAAGUGCAUCCAUUUGGCUGGGUUCUUAACUAUAUGUUCACCAAUUCAUAUGGACGUCUUGCUUUAUGCGCGUACUGGAUAUGUGUGAUAUGUGUGUCAAUUAGAAGGUUCUACAGUAUCUCGAAGAAAAGCACAACGGAAAGGAUUCUUUUGCGCAAGUACUAUCAUCUUGUUGCUGUCUUGAUUUUCUCCCCUGCUGUUAUAUUUCAGCCUGCUUUCUUGGACUUGGCAUUUGGUGCAGCGUUUGCAGUUUUCUUAAUACUGGAGAUGAUUCGUGUUUGGGAAGUAUAUCCUCUUGGGCGUACUGUACAUCAAUUCAUGAACGCCUUCACUGAUCAUCGUGAUUCUGAGAUUCUCAUUAUUAGUCAUUUCUCACUCUUACUGGGCUGUGCACUUCCUAAAUGGAUGUCAUCUGGAUUCAAUGACCGACCACUUGCCCCUUUUGCUGGAAUUCUCAGCUUGGGAAUAGGUGAUACCAUGGCAUCAAUGAUAGGGUACAAGUAUGGUGUCCUAAGAUGGAGCAAGACAGGAAAUAAAACAAUUGAAGGCACGGCAGCAGGCAUAACUUCUGUGCUGGCAGCCUGCUCAAUUCUGGUGUCACUAUUAGCUUCAAGCGGAUACAUUCUUUCACAGCACUGGUUGUCACUUUCGGUAGCCGUGACGUUGAGCCUGUUAUUAGAAGCAUAUACAACACAGCUCGAUAACGCUUUCAUACCCCUCGUAUUCUACAGCCUUCUAUGUCUAUAAAUCAAGACCAACCUGUUGCACAUCUAACUGACCAUGAGGUCCUUUUUUGCUUACUACUAAUAUAUAGUGCAGCAAGGCAAUAGGUAUAGUUAUCCGGUGUAUGUGAUCUUUUGUACCACCUUUGAUUGAAAAUAGCAGGUUUAGUCUUAGGAAUUAAAAAGAAGAGAAUUGGUGAAUACCUCAGUACAGGGCAUCUUCGGUAUAGUUGGUUGUAAGGUGGAAGGACUGACUGUAACCGUUUAUUUCAAAAUGGUUCCGACAUCAACAACAUUGAUCUUUC